AUCGUUGACUAUUUAAGCUCUAAGAACAUCAUGGCGUUCACCGACAGCAGAGAUGUGGGGCCAGGAGCAACUAUGAGCGAAAAUUACAACUGGUACGUGUUUGUCAUAUCCAAGAAGAGUUUGAAAGACACGGCAUUCUGCUUCAAAAUAACUCAGAUUCUCGAAGACAGCGUUCACAAAAAUACGACCAAAUUGAUUCCCGUCCUUCACAAAGUCGAUAUCAAGAUGGUUCCUGACUUAAUCAGAUGGGUCACCAUGCUUUGUACGAGCGAUUCCAAAUUUUGUGAUCACAUCUACCAGACGGUGAUUGGCGGCCCCGUGACAAUGGUUGAGAAGAUGCCAUGCGGCGAUGUGGUCACCGGGCUAUGUUGGGCCUACCUUAUCAACUACAUGAAAAUGGCUUUGUUCCUGCGCACGCCAUCCAACGAAGGUAGUCUUGACUUCAGAGGUCGCAUCAAGGCGUUCCUUCGUAACAAUAACCUUUUGUGUGGUUGUCCUGAUAAAGUGUACAUCCUUUGGCCCAGCUCUUGUAUGAUAACGGACGCAAUUGAAAUAGUUGCAAAUAAAAACCCACCUGACGAAAGAAUAGUGAAGCUGGGAUCUCUGCCAAUGGUUUAUGCAAAUACUGGCGGACAGCUGAACCGGUCAUUCACAUUCAGUGUGUACAAGCAUACACGACCACACACCAAACAGAGCACAUGUUUCAUCGCGGAAUAUUGCACCCCGAUGGGAUGUUUGUACCAGAUGGGAACAAAGUACGGGUUCGCGGGGAUAAAUAAGGAAGAUCUAUCUUCACAAGGCCAGAACUUUAUGAAGGCCUUUGAAUCGUUCACGUCCUUGCCUGCGGUUAAGGAGCAGCUUGGAGACUUCCAGAAACACACACAGUUUAUGUUCUAUGAUGAUUCCAAGAAGCCCUUGAUCGAGGUUAUCGAAGAACAGUUAAGCCAGGAGACAAGCUUAGAGUUCGCAGAGGAUUGUCUUGUGUUAACGCGUUAAAAUUAUGUUUCAUUUUCAUAUCCUACAAUAUAAGAACACUUCUAUCUAUCAAACAUUAUAUUGAGGCUGUUACAUUUUUGUUUAUGAUUUUAAGACGACAUUUCAGAGGGUAUAAAUUAGCUUCGUUAUUUUGUUAUGUCGGUAUGUCCACGUAAACUAUUAAAAAAGGAUAGAAUUAACACGUUUAAAACCUUGCUAUAAUAACCUUAACACUUAUAAGCACAAUGAUUCACGCGAAUAUGUGUUGUAUUUACUCUUUUAUUGAAAUUUUUGUGAACAUUUUGCGAAGACUGAUAUUGUUGUUAGUUUUUAACUUUGUACUAUGUCGCAUACGAUUUGUUUGCUGUAUUACAGUUUCUAUAGAAAAGGAGAUCUAAAAUAACUUCUCUUUUCUGAACCUGGUAUCAUUUUAAAGAUG